AUGGAGAUAAAGGAACAACGUGAAUACUUUUCUGCAAGAGCUGACCAAUCCUCCAACACUACAAACAAUGUCAUUGUUUUGGGUGACUUCCUAGCCAAAUCUGAUAUUGCCAAGAAUGUCAUUUUAUUGCAAGCUAUUCAAAGUUUGAAAAUUUGCUUUGUAUGCAAUUGUUUAAUCUUCCAUUUUCUUCUUUCUAGGAUUGUGAUACCUUUUGUAAAGACCUGUCUCAUGGUCUUACCUUCAGUGCAGACUCUAUGGAAGAGCAUGACAGAUGUUCUUAUUGCACCAUUAUGCCAGAGCAUGGGCCGUUGUUUUGCUGCAGUCAAUAUACGCCUGGACCAAGAAUAAACAUCAGGAACACAAUACUGCUGUAAUCUUAAAUGGUAUUAUACCUCUUUGCUAGUGUAACAUAAAAGCACUUACUGUUCAUUCCAAAACUGUUAGGAUAAAAAUGGCUGGUUUAAAAUGGGGACACAGAGUUUUUCUGAAAAUUAUUUACUUUUCAAGGGAUCAAUUUAAGAUAGACUAGAUAAUUUUCUUACCUGUUUUAACAACAAAAAAUAUGUGGGCUAUGUUGGCAACACUUUAUUUCAAUGGUACAUUGAUUGUCAGAUUUCAGGAGAAUUCCUGCAGAAGUAUAUGUAAACUCCCUAAUAGUAGCACAUUAAACUUCUCUGACUUUAUUCAUACUGCAAAUACUAGUUGCUGUAUUUUCUUGCAUAUGCCCUGCCCUGGAAUAUAACAUAUAUCAUGUUUCUGAAAAACUGUCAUGAAAGAAAAAACCUUACCUUUAAGUAUCUGCAUAGCAGCUGCGAAGGAGCCAUGCCUGUUCUUGAGCCUGCUGCCAGCCCCACCACCAAAUGGGGACUGAAUUAACCCAGUGCAUGGGCCUGACCCUGCAUGCCAGGCCCAGAGGUAGUGUGCUUCUGUACUGGAUAGAGGUAGCGUGCAAGUCCACAUCACCUAGUUGAGGUGCUCUCCACAGGUCCAGAAAUUUGGUGACAGGGGAGCCAUGGAAAUUAACACUACCAUUGCUUCCUCACUGCCAAAUUUCUGAACCCCUGAAGAUCCUUAUACCUCACAUAUAUGUUCACCCCAAUUUCUGCCAGCCGGUUUGGAGGGAGAGCAAGGUGCAGAUUAUAUGCAAGAAAAUAUGGUAAUUUAGUAGCAAUGUGACACAACCCCCCAUCUAGGGUUUCACAAUGACUUCAGUGGCAUGAGACUACCAUGGGUGUCACUCACACUGUUCAGAAUUGUGUACGGAGAGAGAAAUGCACAGUACUCAGCAGCAGGAACUGGGCAUGCAGCACUGUGAGGAAAAGGAACCCUAUUCUAUUGAAGCGCAUGGGAAUUAUUAAUUUACCUUCUUGUUGUUGUUCAAUCUCCCACGAGAUUCUCCCAGAAGUUUACCUCUUAAAAUAAGGUGUUAGUUUAAUAGGCUGGGACAAUCAACUAAUCUAUAUAUUUGUAUUUAAUGAGACUUUACUGUUGCUGUAUAUUUUGUACUUAUGUAAAUGUCACUUUAUGGAUUUUCCUUGAUGCAUAAUUUCUAUAAUACUUGUAUUCUUGCAAAAUUAUAUGGAAGAUAUAGGACAGUACAGAAAAUGAAACUAGAAAGUUCACUGAUGAGGUUGUAUAGAUCUUUGAAACUACUGCUGUGCAAUUCAAGUAUACCAAGAAUAUAUUUUUUCAUAUUUGAGUGUAAAGUGGGGCACAUAAAUGUUUUCCACCAAGGGAGGUAUGCAGAAGUAUUGGAAGUAAGUAUUUAUGAGAAUUGUUCAUUUUCUGUUAAAAAUGGGCUGUGGUAAAUGCAGCCCUGCCUAUCUUUUGUAUUAUCAGCAACAUUGUGAUAUUUAAAGCAAUUUUUUUUAUCCCAGGAUUUUGAUUAAAUAGAAGCUCUUACAUAUGUCAAGGGGUGUGGCUGAUCUGCUUGUCCAAUUCUAUCCACUUGUUUAAUUCACUUUUUUAGCUGGUUUAUAACUUUAAAGCCUAACUAUAAAGGAACAUUUCCCCUAUGCACCUAAUACAGCUCUGUAAACCAGAAUGACAUGUAUACAAAGGUACAUGAACAUUAUUUUGACCUUGUGAUGGGUACAUACCGCUGAUUUAUAUAAAUAUAGAUUAUCUGGUUACAACUGUUAAGUGUCUAUAAUAUGGUGUAUUAUGUUCUUCACUGUGAAGCAGUGUCACAGAUUUCUUAUCACACAUGAGGUAUGUAAUACAAUCUAGCCUUUUCAAUUUUGUUGGCCACCUUUACUCAGUCUUGCUGUUAUGGUUAUUCAUGUGGCAUAUUUUAAAAAAAGAAUAAAAAUAAAAUGUUUAAAGUGAA